GGGGGCGGAGCCAGCGUCCGUCAUAAAAGCGCGGAGCCUCGGUCCCUGAAGGAUGGAGUCGGGCCGUCAGCUGCCUCCGUCUGUGACACCAUGAGGACGGAGCGGCGGUGCGCGCUGCUUUCGUCCCGGAGCGAGGCGCCUUUCACCGGACGCGCCGGGACUGCGGCGUGGGUCCUGGCCGCCGCCGUUCUCAUCACCGCGCGCGGAGCGCCGCUGGGGCUCGACCCGCAGGAGUUUCUAGAAAAGUACGGCUACCUUCAUCAUGACAACCACGUCCACAACACGGCGGAGGCGCGGUCAGCCAUCCGAGAUUUCCAGUGGCUGUCCCACCUGCCCAUCACAGGAGAGCUUGACAGCGCCACCCUGAGACAGAUGGCCGAGCCCCGCUGCGGCGUCUCGGAUGAGGGCAGCCAGCAGAUCUGGUCCCAAAGAGUUAACGUCAUCCUUACUGGG